AAAGCCUACGGUACCACUGGUACCUAAGCACACUUUCCACGUCGCCCUGCCAUCCGCAUCAAUCAAUGCCCUCUAAACGGGCGGCCAACUCAUAAACAUGGGACACCUCCCCGUCGAGCUCAUGUGGAAAGUAUGCUUCAAUUUAUGCAUGCACUGUCAUUCGCCUGACGCCCUCCCCCACGCCGACACAACGGACGAGCGACAAGCAAAAGCUGCCCUAGCACGGCUCGCGAGGUCAUCAAAAUACAUGCACGCCGUGGCACAACCCUACAUAUUUCACUACUACGCCACCGGGAACAUGAUCCGGCUCGUCGUGUCGGAGAAGACGGGUUGCGCGAUAGACCUGACUGACCCGUACGGACCCUACGCAGACGAGUUUGGCAAAGGCUGUCGUCCAUCUCACGAUAAUGACCACCUGCCCCUUUUUCUCCGUUCCAUUAUCCGACGGCCCGAAUUGGCCGCCCAAGUUGAAGCUCUCCAGCUCGUAGCUUCACCCAACGUCGACGACUUCAACGCCCCCGACAUGGAGGUCAUCAGUGGAACCGCCCAGGGUGCCACUGCCAUGAGCCGCACGUCAGAAGCCUUCCAAAUGAUCACCAAGGCAAGCGUGGAUAUUGGCCUAAUCGAUACCAACGUUUUCCAUCCCGAAUUCCGUGGCCGACACUCGGUAACCUCCGGCGUUGGCCCGCCCAACCACGAGAGCCAAACAGAUUCCAUUCAUCAUACGCUGGAGCAAUUAGUCAUUCUCCUCUGUCCAAAUGUCAACACGCUUGUAUACGGAUAUCCGCUUGAAAAGCGUUCCAUCAUCACAGCAGACACCCUACAGGUAGACCGACGGCAGCGAGAACAGUUUUGGAGUCUGGCCCUGUCGAGCGGGCAACACUUAACAUCGCUGAAGCGGAUUGCGCUACUCUCCCAUAGCAGGACUCAGCACGUUUCGGAUGGUCAGAUCAUGCUGUGCAGUAUGCCAAACGUCGAAACCUUCUACGCCGCACAUUUGACAUAUCCCGGCCCGGCCACCGAGACCAUCGGCCUCAGCCUCUGGGUAAACCCCAUGCCUAAUGUCCGCAAGCUGGUUGCCGUCGACAUGAGUCCGGACGAUCUGGCCUUCCUCGUGGAUUCUUGUUUGGAUCUGUGGGAGUUGGAGUACACACACCACGGGUAUUUCGGAAGACCGACAUCCAUCACCGGUUGUGAGCUUCUGAAGCCGAUCACCGCCGUCCGAGGGACGUUGCGCCGGCUAGUUCUGGUGGCCAUGGCGGAAGGUGACCCUAGAGGCGACCGCGUCACGGAGCACGCCAUCCCGUCGCUGCGCAUGUUUAAGCGCCUCGAAGAGCUUGCCAUCAGCCAAAUCCACGUACCCCAUGCUGGCAACAUCUCUUCCAUUACACCAGGGAUAAGUUUGGCCAAGUUUCUGCCUCGCUCGAUCAAGAAGCUGCAUAUACUGUAUCUCUCGGAUGCUAGUUUUAUGGCAGCCUUGGAGGGCCUGGCCCGAGACGCGCCGAGUAAGGUGCCGAAGCUCAGGUGCAUUCGAAUUAGCUAUUUGGAUCACGAAGAUCCGGAUUAUGACUCAAAUGACCGGUUACCUGUGGCGGCUGGCCAAUAUGAACGAGUCCGGGAGUCACUUGCCGCAGUCUCCAUUUCAAUGACCUGGGAUAGGCUUGGAUAUAGAAUGCCUAGGGAGGUAGCAAUGCCAGCGGCGGGGGGAUCAGCCUGUUCCGGUACCUAUCUGAGCACGCCGUAUUGUUUCUGGGAGGCUUCACACAGUUUACAAAGUGGCGGUGUUCUGAGCUAAUCAGGCGUGAUAUAACUUCUGGCCAAAGAAUGAACCGUGAUAGCUGCGAGACUUCCUUGAUCGGC